AUGGGUGCCGGCCAGUCCACCGAACAUAGUGGAGCAACUCCAGAGGAGCUGAGCUACAUUCUUGCGGAACGUUUCGCAACCAAAUGUUUCACCCCGUUGGAGCUCACGCAUUUCAAGGACAACUUCUUUUCUCGUGCUUCGGAACAGGGGGGUCUAAAGUACUGGAAUGAAAAGACUUUGUCGGACUUCUUGGGUAUACCCGAUGGAAGUUUCGCUGACACUCAUGAGAACCCAGUCGAUGCGGGACCGGUCUUGUUCCGUAUGGUGUCAUACCUUGGUGCCUUUCCGUUUCAGAACACUCUGGCUCCAAGUGUCUUGACCUUCGACGCGAUGGUGAAAGUUGUCGUGCUCUUGACUGAGCGUUAUGGGAAAGCUUUGCGACGGGGACGCAAGGACCGAGUGAAGCUGUUGUUUGGGAGUCUUGCCGACGUUGGGAAGAAAGACAUAGGACAAGAUGAUAAAAAGACGGAAGGAGACAAUGAUCAAGCGGCUAUAGAGGAGGGAGAGGACGCUUCUGAUAUUCAAAUUCAUGCACCUGGCUUCUCGAUUGAUCAACCGGCGAACGAUGAUUAUGACGAGGAUGAAGAUGACGACCUUGCUCUUGCUGCACUGGAGUCGCUUGAUGCAAUUGAAGUAUUUAAGCAUGAUCAUCGGGUUGACCAAACAGUUUACGAAACACGGAUUUCGAUUGAUACGUUCCGUCGGCUGCUGAUGCUGCUGCUCGUUAUCGCGCCUCUGAGACCCCUAGAGUCUGUGAAGACCUAUACUUCCGAUUUUGGCCCUGAAAGAGUCGAUGCCAUUCAGAAAGAGGCUGAUAGUAUUAUUGCCGCGUUUUCCCCAGAGGAAACCGAUGGGGGCAUCUCAUAUCGGGCUUUCGCUAGGGCGGUCUCGUCUUCACUGCCAUAUCUCUUUGAUCCUUUAACACCGUUAUUCGAACAUCUUCUUUUCAGCAAAAACUUGAACCUUUCCCAGAGGCGACAAAGAGGAGCGUCUCCAGAGGAACAGCCAACCGAGAAACCUGAGGAAAUUCAUCCCCCAGCACCGGUCAUGCUCCCUGGCAGCUUCGAAUCGGUCAUUCUGACCCCGACACUGUUGUCCCACCUGUCAUUCUUCCUGCCCUCUGUAUCGGCGUCUUUGAAUAUCUUUCGCAGUGGUGUUCGUCUCCACCCUGUCUUCUCCACUGCUGCCCAUGGCUCCUCACUCACCUCUUUCUCUCACCACGUCUUGACAUGGCAAUCUGCUUCUCUCAUCAUCUUACAGGGAGCAUUGGAAGGCUCAUCUGAGGAAAUAAUAACCAUCGGAGCAUAUCUACCACAGUCCUGGAAGUCGUCCUCGUCUAGCAGCAGUAGUUCCUCGAAUCAAACCACCAGCCCGCUACCAUAUCUCUUCCAACUAUCUCCGACUCACCAAGUCCUCCAAGGCAACUCAUCCCCUUCCGUUGCCCAGAAGACCAAUUUGCCUACAGCUUGGUUCUCUACGCACUCCGGCAUUGCAAUCGGAUGUCAAAUCCCUCCUACCUCCCGCACCCACCAAACCCCUCCGAGUCCUCACGGUGCAGGCAGUCUACUCAUCGACGUCAACCUCGAAUCAGCUGAACUACACGUCGCACCGGUCGGUCAAGACGGUGUCUUUCUGCCCCCGGGUACUGCUUCUAUCAACGAUAAGCCAACCAAGACCCGACUGGACUUAUAUAACCUUGAAAUCUGGGGUGUUGUCCCUGAUCCAGACAUGGCAUCUUCUUCUGACCCCAACUCCAAUGCGGUUGAGGCGCAGCGUGCAAAAUGGGAGUUUGAAGCGCGGGAAGCGGAAAGACGACGCAAUAUCAACCUUAAAGCUGGAGCAGGUGAUUCAGCAAAGGAGAGUGCUCGGUGGCUUUUGGAGACGGCGGGUAUCAUUGGAGAUGAAGGGCAACGAUAUGGGCAUUCUUAA